GUUUGGAAAUGGAGGAACAUAGAUUGUGUGUAGGCAAAUUAGAUUAGUUUAACCUGGCACUGGCAUCAUGUACAGCACAGACAUUGUGGGUCGAAGGGCCUAUUCCUCAACUGUACUGUUCUGUGUUCUAAUCUUCAAGAGGAGAUCUUUAAAUUAAAAUUGCUGUCCCUUUAGAAUAUUCUCUAAACUAAACUGUAAUUUGUGUUAUUCUGGUGGUAGAAUUCCAAUUGAGUCUUGUUUGUUAUCCCACCCUUCCUUCCUGCCAGAUUGCUGGGAAAGAUUCCAGAGCCUUUACUAUGAUGAUAUUUUUUUUCAUUAAAAGACCGCUAAGCAAGGGGCUAAGGUCUGCUCAGAUGCUUAAAACCAGCCAGGAUGGUUCUAAAUGGCAGAUUUUCACAAUUCAGUCUCGUUCUGUUGAUGGCUUUCUCUGGAUGGUUCCUAACAGAGAGCGACUGCCGUGCGUUGGAUGUGUACAGUGAACUUGGGAAAUUCCUUCUUUUAAAUAUUACGAAUCAAAACUCUAGUUCUUACCAUGAAGUUAAAUGGUUUAAAGGAAAUUCAAUUGUUGCAAAGUUCAAAAGUGGUCCAAAGCUGUACGGUCAUUUUUUAAGGAGGGUAAACAUUUUUCCAAAUGGUUCUCUGAGAGUUAACUCCGUAUCAACGAAAGAUAAAGGAAUAUACCGUGUGGAUGUAUACAAGACAGACGGAACCGUGCAAUUAACUAAAGAGUUUAAAGUACAUUUAUUUGGGAAACUCUCCACACCUAUGAUGAGUGUGGAAUGCGCCACGGAGCACAACAUGUAUGUGUCAUGUGAAGUUCGCGGAGAGGCUCCCGUUUCCUUCUACCUGAACGAGCAGCGAUUGACCAGGGAUAACGCCGUGUUCACAGACGACGAUAGAAAAGCCACACUGAGGAACGUCACCUCCUUUUCCAACAAUAAAACCUUCUUCUGUACGGCGGAAAACCCAAUCAGUAGAAGCCAAUCAGUUCCCAGGCAACUCAGUUGUACAGGUUCAAUGGCAAGUUACAUCUACAUUAUCUUCAUUGCAUUACCAGUCAUUGCAUUGAUUAUUUUUGUGAGGCUGCUUUAUUGCUGUGUCAGUCGAACUAACAACUGCAAUAUGAAAAAGCUGAGAAUCUGUGAGGACUACAUUUAGAAGUGGCGGUGAAAAUGAGGAGAUCAA